AUGGCGAAUGCAGUCGCUGGCCUCCUGGCCUGCCUUGCGACAUUGCUGUUUCUCUUCCAGUCUGUCCAAGCCAAAACUGUCACCUAUGAUUUCAACGUCACCUGGGUGACCGCCAAUCCGGAUGGUCUGUAUGAUCGAAAGGUCGUCGGUAUCAACAACCAAUGGCCUUUGCCAGUGAUCGAGGUAGACAAGGGGGACCAGCUCGUGGUCAAAAUGCACAACGGCCUCGGCGACAAGAGCACCUCCAUCCAUUUCCAUGGCAUGUUCCAGAAUGGCACCAAUGAUAUGGAUGGGCCGUCGAUGGUCACUCAGUGCCCAGUGCCUCCGGGCUCCUCGAUCACCUACAAUUUCACCGUCAAUCAGAAUGGAACCUAUUGGUACCACUGCCACACCGAUUAUUGUUAUCCGGACGGCUAUCGUCAGGCGUUGAUCGUGCAUGACAACAGCUCCUACUUCCAUGAUAUGUAUGAUGAGGAGUAUACAGUGACUAUGAGCGACUGGUACCAUGAAUUGGUCGAAGACAUCACUUUCAUCGACAAGUCCAACCCAACAGGCGCAGAACCCGUGCCCCAAGCUUUCCUUUUCAACGAUACGUUGAACAGUAAUCUCCCAGUUGAAGCUGGCAAAACCUAUAUGCUACGAUUGAUUAAUAUUGGUGCCUUUGUUGCGCAGUACUUCUACAUCGAAGACCACACAUUCAAAAUUGUCGAGAUUGACGGAGUAUAUACAGAACCAACUGAGGCUAGUAUCCUCUAUAUUGCGGUAGCUCAGCGAUAUUCAAUUCUCGUGACCAUGAAGAACUCAACGGUUAAGAAUUACCCCAUUGUUACGGUGGCUGACUCGCAACUCUUGGACACCAUUCCAUCCGACCUGCAACUCAACAACACCAAUUGGCUGGAAUAUAAUUCCUCGGCGGCGCAUCCCCAGGCUGUGAUGACGGUGGACGAUGCCUCCGACCUCGAUCCAUACGAUGAUAUGAAGCUCGUGCCCUAUGAUAGGACUGAGCUUUUGCCUGAUGCCGACCUCACUAUUGAUGUCACUGUCUACAUGGAAGACCUCGGUAAUGGAGCUGGCUAUGCUUUCUUGAACAAUAUCUCUUAUACCAAGCCGAAAGUGCCCACUCUCUACUCUGUUCUCUCAUCGGGAGACCUCGCCACCAAUUCGUUGGUGUAUGGUGAAUAUACCCAUCCCAUGGUCCUGGGUCACAAUCAAGUGGUAGACAUUGUUUUGAACAACGGCGAUACUGGCUCGCAUCCGUUCCAUCUUCACGGUCACAACUUUCAACUCCUUACUCGAUCUCCGAGCUACGGUGCCCAUUUUUACGACUAUCUGGACGGGGACCCAGUUGCUUAUGAUCCAAAUAAUCAUACCGCAUUUCACAAAUAUCCUGCUCGCCGCGAUACCUUCGUCCUACCACCACAGGGCUACUUUGUCAUUCGCUUUGUUGCCGAUAACCCCGGCGUCUGGUUCUUCCACUGCCACAUCGACUGGCACUUGUCGCAGGGUCUAGCUAUGACUCUUGUCGAAGCACCCCUGCAAUUGCAGGAACGUCUUGAAGUUCCCUCUGAUCACUACGAUGCCUGCAAAGCUGCCGGCGUCGCGUACGAGGGUAAUGCUGCCGGCAACACCGAGGACUAUCUCGAUCUCACUGGUCAAAACAAACAGGUCGCAUGGUUGCCGGCUGGUUUCACGACUAAGGGUAUCGUAGCCAUGGUGUUCUCUUGCGUGUCCGCAUUCCUUGGUAUGGCUUUCAUCUCCGUCUACGGAGCGUCAGGGAUUCAGAUGGCGAACAAGAAGCGAGAGAUGGAACAGAAUGCAACCGAAGGGUCCACGGAAAGUUAG